AUGAUUGAGGACAAGCACGCCGCGGUGGCUCGCGCCGUCGAGCGCGUGCACGCCUCAAUUACAGAGGGCUUUCCAGAGCGCAAGGUCCACCUCGUACCCGGCAUGUACAGCGAGAGUUUGACGCCCCAGCUCGCUGCACGCAUCCUGCGGACCUCUGGGCCCGCCUCCUUCAUUGACAUUGACAGCGACCUUUACAUCAGCGCCAGGCAGGCGCUCGACUGGGUCUUUGAGCACGGGCUCGCCCGCGUGGGCACGGUCAUUCGGUAUGAUGACUGGUGGACGCUAGCGUGCGCCACGCGCAACCCGCGCAACCGCAACUACCACCGGGACGCAGCGUCCAUCGAGAGCUACGGAGGGGAGCCGCUCGCCCACGAGGAGGUUGCGCAUCGGCACGGCGUCACCUUCGCGUGUGCGUGCGGCCCGUGCGACGCCGAGAGCGGCGGACCGAUGUCUCGAUACUUUGCGACCGGGCACGUGGGCUUCAACCCCUUCUUUCGCGUCGCGAAACUGAGCGCGCCGCCGGGAAACACGGGAUUUGCCGCCAACGGGACGAUGGUUGGGCGUUUCCUCGACAGGAUGCCCGUGUGCAGAAACUACCGUUCUCGCGGUUCGUUCGCGCUGUCUAGUCAUAGCAACACCGCUCAUGUCUGA